AUGUACUCAGAAUCUGCUUGUGGAUUUACAGUUGCAAUUCUAGUGCUGAUGACACUCCACUUAAAUUAUUUCAUAAAAAGAGCUUUUGCUGGGGAACAUCAUAAAUGUUCGAUGAAUUAUUACCAUGAUGGAGCUGAUUGCAAAGAAUGUCCGGCCGGGUAUUAUGGUGUCAACUGUACACAGAUAUGUCCUGAAUUAUAUUACGGCAUAAUGUGUCUCCAGAAGUGUGACUGUUCAACAUGUCAUCAUGUCCACGGCUGUAUUUCUACUACUCGGAUACCAGUUGAGAUACUAGGAACAACGAGCCAUGAAUUUGCGACCAAAGAUGAAAUAAAGGACACAUCAAAAACACAAGAAUUAACCAGCAUUGAAAAUAAAAACAUAGAUAAAAUACAAUGCACAAACCAUACACCAGAACGAAAAACCAAUUUUGGUAGGAAUGUAGUUAUUUUUGUUGGAUCUUCUUUAAGUUUUUUAUUAAUACUAGCAAUUUUACGAGAAAUAUGUCUAUGGUUCCGAUUUUCUCGGCCUACUGGCCAACUAACAACCUUUGGUGACGUUUAUACAGAUAUUGCUGAAAUGGAAAAUAGAGGAACAUACUGA